UAUUGUUCUCUGUGUGCAGUUUUCUUGGUUUUGAGCUCAUAAAAUACGAUGUGUUAAAUUACAAAGCAUAUACACUGUGUGCAAAUAUGGAAGCAAGGGGGUUAGAUGAGGAGUUCAGAAAUGUUUACCCGUCUGCCUUCGGGGCGCACUCAGGCCGGUCUGCGUCAGAAACUCCGAUGUUCUCCGCGGCGGAACGACCGACUUCGACAAGCGCUGAGUCUCUCGCUCCUUACGUUUUUUUCCCAGCCAUCAUUGGCACUAGCUCCUCAGCAACUUUUGGAUGUCGUUUCGGAAAUAGUUGUUAUGGUUGCAAAGUUCCACAGAACGCCGUGUUUCCGUCUAGUGUUGUAAAACAAAAUGCGAAUGGACAGUCUGCCAGUAAACCCGUGGACUAUGGUGAUGGCUGGCUUAAGGAGGUCGCUUUUUACCAAAGUUACACAGGUUCCUACAGAAGAAUCCACCCUACCUAUAUUGAUUUACCUGUAGUUCAUAGAACAAUGACUGGAGAUUCCAGACAUGAGACAUGUUUGACAGAAGGCCACCAGCCAUGGAACUGGACAAACAAUUGCAGCGGUCAACUUCAUUGCUCCAAAGACCAGACGCACAGCCUGCAUAUCUGGAAGCCAUCAUUAACAGAGGGAACAGCGGUUUCAUUCUGUCAGCGCGGGAGAAAGAAGCGGGUUCCUUACACAAAAUUGCAACUGAAAGAGCUCGAGCGGGAAUACACCAACACUAAGUUCAUUACAAAGGAAAGGAGACGUCGGAUCGCUUUUUCUACAAACCUGUCUGAGAGACAAGUAACUAUAUGGUUUCAAAAUCGUCGAGUCAAAGAUAAGAAGAGACCUGGAAUCUGCGAAGAAUUUUAAUCCUAAAGGUUCAUUUAUGCAUAUGCUGAUUUAUAUAGUGAAGAGUUUAGCCCUUUGUUCUGUUUUUUAUUAACAAGUGCGAUAUAUUAUUUUAUUAUUUAUAUCUUAUUCAAAUAUUUGGAUGUACUCGGAUAAUUUUAUAUUGGCGUCCAUGUUUGCUGAAAGAAUGUUCAGAUGUUCAAACUGUUUCAGUAACUUGUGGGUCCCCCCAUUUAUAAAAUUAUAAAUUGUUAUAAUUUAAGUAUUGUUAAACAAUUGCCAUUAGUUAUUUCUACACCAUAAGCCAGGCCACUGAUCUUUCCUUUCAGUCAAAAUGUUGUUUACUUUUCGUUUCAUGUGAGUGCAGCACCUAGUUGUGUAUAGUACCAGAGUUGUAUGGACUGAUCUGUAACAUU